AUGGUGAGGCGUGUUUGCAGCACCCAGUCGUCUACCUGUUCCGUGGAGAGGGGUUUUGCGGAUUUUGCAGGAAUGUCUUCGAGACAUACGAGUACGAAAGUCUGCGCCAACACUUUCCCGAGCUUUUCGAAGGUUGCCACUUCACAAAUGAGGCCGAGGAGGACUCCGGCCACUCAUCAGCGGAAGAAGCACCAGAGGCAGCAUCCUUCGCCUGCAGAC